UUCAAGAGUAGGUUCUGCUCGUGUCAUCUACCCUUUCUGUUCCUUGGCUUUUGCUCUCAACAGCCACACACUCCCUCUCCUUCAUCCCUUUAGAAAGCAUGGGGAAGUCAUAUCCCACUGUGAGCAAUGAAUACAAGCAGGGAACUGAGAAAUGCAAGAGGAAGCUCAGGGGACUCAUUGCUGUGAAACAUUGUGCCCCCAUUAUUCUCCGAUUGGCAUGGCACUCAGCUGGUACUUACGAUGUUAAGAUGAGGACAGGUGGUCCAUUUGGGACAAUCAGGAAGCCGGGUGAGCUUUCUCAUGGCGCCAACAAUGGCCUUGACAUCGCUAUCAGGCUGUUGGAGCCCAUCAGGGUGCAGUUCCCCAUCUUGUCUAAUGUUGAUUUUGACCAGUUGGCUGGUGUUGUUGCUGUAGAAGUUACUGGAGGCCCUGAGGUUCUUUUCCAUCCUGGGAGGGAGGACAAGCCUGAACCCCCUCCAGAAGGCUGCCUUCUAGAUACCACCAAAGGUUCUGACCACUUGAGGGAUGUAUUUGGUCACAUGGGUCUCAGUGAUCAGGACAUUGUUGCUCUCUCUGGCGGUCACACCCUGGGAAGGUGCCACAAGGAGUGCUAUGGAUUUGAGGGAGCUUGGACUACCGAUUCCCUGAUCUUCGAUAAUACCUACUUCAUAGAGCAUCUGAGUGGAGAGAAAGAGGGUCUUCUCCAACUUCCAACAGACAAGGCCCUUCUUAGUGAUCCAGUUUUCCGUCCCCUUGUUGAAAAAUAUGUUGCUGAUGAGGAUGCUUUCUUUGCAGAUUAUGCUAAAGCUCAUUUGAAGCUUUCUGAAUUGGGAUUUGCUGAGUGCUGAUUUGAAAAUCUUAAUGAUGUGGAGGGAAGUAGGGAUGGAAGUUAAAAUGGGUUGUUAGUAGUAGCGAUGAUGACUACUAUCGAAAUAAAUACAAGGCCUCAAGUCUUCAUUUUGAUUUAC